GUGGGCGCCUCCCUUUCGCGGUUCCUCACCUACCCUAUACCGUUGGCCGGCCCAGCGUGAAGACGGCCACCGCGUAACCCGAGUUCCAGUAGCAGAGGUGACCACCGAGAAGACACCCCAACACCAAGUGGCGCCCACCGCGACCCCGCUACGCCGGGUCCCCUCCCCCACCCCGCUGAGCGGACCCGCCUUCUAGCCGCGUGAGGUUCUUCUUCCGCGCCUGCGCGGAACUUGCAGCGCACGCGCCUAAAGCCACGCCCCACGCACUGGGUCACGCCCUCAAAGGCUCCGCCCCUGCUGCCUGGAUCCCACCCCUCUGCCCGCAGGACCCCGAACCCCAAUGAUCCUGCAGCAACCCCUGGAGCGAGGCCCCCAGGGUCGGGCCCAGCGCGACCCGCGGGCCGCCUCGGGGGCUUCUGGAGGCCUGGACGCGAGCUCCCCUCUCCGAGGAGCUGUGCCCAUGAGCACCAAGCGGCGCCUGGAGGAGGAGCACCUGCCUGCGCCCCCGUCUCUCUCCAGGGAGCCCCUGCGCAAGCAGUUCCUGUCCGAAGAGAACAUGGCCACCCACUUCUCUCAACUCAGCCUGCACAAUGACCAUCCUUACUGCAGCCCCCCCAGGGCAUUCCCCCCAGCUCUGCCCCCACUCAGAAGCCCUUGCUCUGAGCUGCUUCUCUGGCGCUACCCUGGGAAUCUGAUCCCUGAGGCUCUCCGGCUGCUGAGGCUGGGGGACACUCCCACCCCCCACUACCCUGCAUCCCCAGCUGGGGACAUGAUGGAGCUCUGAGAUCUGGGGAGGAGUGCCCCUGCCCCCCCCCCCUUCCUUCUUCCCCUGAACAAGGGAGAGCAGCACUCACACGAAGGGACCAGCUGCCCUGCUUUUCCUCCAGACCAGGCCUCUGGGCACCAGGACCUCCCCUCAACAGAGGACACAGAGCCCUGAGGUGAAAGGGGCAGGAACAUGGGAAAGGAGGCCAUCCCCUCCCCGCCGAGAACUGAAUAAAGAUUGCUGAGUGAAUGAAA